AAAAAUUAAAAAUUAAUAAUAAAAUAAGAGAAGAGAACUGUGAGAGAGGUGUUUGUCGAUAAUCGUAACAGAAAAAAACAAUGGAGACGUUACAGAGCCGAGUGGAAUCGUGGAUCAAAGAGCAGAAAGCCAAGAUCCUCAAGGUUUCUUGGGGACCACUCCAGUGGAGGAUGAAGUGGCCUUGGAACGGUGUCGCCAACGGCCACCAGAGGAAGAAGCUCCAGCAAGAGUACGAGCGUCGCCGGAAGCAACUUCACGAUCUUUGCAUCGCCGUUAAGGCCGAUUCCGUUGCCGAUUUGCAGGACAUCCUUUGUUGCAUGGUCCUCUCUGAGUGCGUUUAUAAGAGACCUUCGACUGAGUUAGUUAGAGCCGUGAACAAAUUUAAGGCUGACUUUGGAGGUCAAGUUGUUUCUCUUGAGCGCGUUCAACCUUCUUCUGAUCAUGUUCCUCACAGGUAUUUGUUGGCAGAAGCGGGUGAUACAUUGUUUGCCUCCUUUGUUGGAACUAAGCAGUAUAAGGAUGUCAUGACUGAUGCAAAUAUAUUGCAAGGCGCAAUAUUUCAUGAGGAUGCUAUGGAGGAUGUUGAUGGAAUUGAAACUAACAAGUCUGAUCAGAGUGAAAGUCGGAAGGGCAAUGGGGAAAAUUUGUGGAAUCCUCUAGAGUCAAAAUCUAAGCAACUGAAUAAUAAAUCUAAACCUAAACCUAAACCUAAACCUGCUGCUCAUCGGGGUUUCCUUGCUCGUGCAAAGGGAAUACCAGCUUUGGAGUUGUAUAGGCUGGCACAGAAGAAGAAAAGGAAACUUGUAUUAUGUGGUCAUUCACUGGGAGGAGCAGUAGCAGCACUAGCCACCCUUGCUAUUUUAAGGGUUAUUGCAGCUUCAUCUUCAUUAAAAGAGAAUGAAAAUGUUCAAGUCAAAUGCAUUACAUUUUCCCAGCCCCCUGUUGGAAAUGCUGCUUUGAGAGAUUAUGUUCAUAGAAAGGGGUGGCAGCAUUAUUUCAAGAGUUAUUGCAUUCCGGAAGAUUUAGUACCACGCAUCUUAUCUCCUGCUUAUUUUCACCAUUAUAAUGCACAGCUUACUUCGGUACCUCUUGAUACCAAAGAUAGUAAAGUGUCUACAAUAAAACGUGAGGAAUCCACUGAUAAAGCUAAAGAUAAUGAAGGUGAACAGUUGGUUCUGGGUCUUGGACCUGUGCAAAAUUCUGUUUGGAGACUUUCAAAGCUUGUUCCUUUGGAUAGUGUACGACGACAUCUUAAUAAAUAUAGAGGAAUAAAAGUUGGUUCAGUCGAAGCUACAUCAGAUUCUGCUACAACAGCUUCAGUAGAAGAUGUAGUAGAAGCUCAAUCUCUUGAAAUUGAAGAAGGUUCUGAUGGCAUUUCUCUUAAACCUAUUUCUGACACCACACCGGAUCUUGCUACAAGUAGCAAGCUUGCUAAAAAAAGCACUACUAAAAGUGAGGAUGGUAGGAACUGGGGGGGCGUUCCUUACUUACCUUCUUAUGUACCAUUUGGGGAGCUUUAUCUUUUGGAGAAUUCGUCAGUACAGUCACUUUCAGAUGCAGAGUACUCAAAAUUGACUUCGGUCAGAUCUGUGAUUGCGGAACUUAGGGAACGAUUGCAGUCCCACUCAAUGAAGUCAUACAGGUCUCGAUUUCAGAGAAUAUAUGAACUGUGCAUGAGAGAUGAUUCUUCGUCUUUCAUAGGGAUGGAGCAAUGGCAACAGUUUCCUCAUCUGCAGCAGUGGCUUGGUGUUGCAGUUGCAGGUACUGUUGAGCUUGGGGAUAUAGUAGAAUCACCCCUAAUUCGAACUGCUUCUUCUAUUGCCCCACUAGGGUGGAGUGGUGUACCUGGCCAGAAGAGCAGCGAACAGUUGAAGGUUGAUAUAACGGGCUUUGGAUUGCAUUUGUGUAACAUAGUUCAUGCUCAAGUGAAUGGUAAAUGGUGUUCAACUAUGGUAGAAUCAUUCCCUCAAGCUCCGGAAUAUGGGGCUCAGCCAGAACUACAAAAAAUGAGAGUACUGGUUGGAGCUCCAUUGAAACGGCCACCAAUGCAACAGACAAGCACAGAUACAUUCAUGCACGUUUUUCCUUCUAUUGAUUCUGAAGCCUCUAAUCUCAAUAGGGAGCUUAUUUCUGGAUCACCUCAUGAGGAAAAAUCCCUUCGUCCUGAAGGUUUGAGUGAUGUUUUUGUGUCCUGUACCAGUGAUUUCACCACAGUCUCCAAAGAGGUUUAUGUACGAACGCGUAGAGUACGUCUACUUGGUCUUGAGGGUGCUGGUAAAACUUCUCUUCUUAAAGCAAUAUUGUCUCGAGGUAGAAUAAAUAAUACUUUUACAAAUAUUGAAAAUCUGCUCCCAGAGACUGAUCCUCAAGAAGUUAUUGCUGGGGGUUUGUGCUACUGUGAUUCAGCUGGAAUAAAUUUACAGGAGCUGAAUAUGGAGGCCUCUCAUUUCAGAGAUGAAUUAUGGACUGGCAUUCGCGAUCUUAACCGAAAAAUUGACUUGGUUAUUCUUGUGCAUAAUCUUUCCCAUAGAAUACCACGGUACUCAAAUGCUUCACCGCAAAUGCCUGCCCUUUCACUUCUGCUGGAUGAAGCUAAAUCACUUGGAAUCCCUUGGAUCCUUGCCAUGACUAACAAAUUUUCAGUCAGUGCACAUCAACAAAAGGCUGUGAUUGAUGCUGUAAUUCAAGCGUAUCAAGCAUCUCCAAGCACCGCGGGAAUUAUUAAUUCCUGUCCAUACGUCAUUCACAGUGCUGCUACUGCUUCACUGUCCUUGGGUGCUACAGAUGAUGGUAGGGUGGGAGCCCAACGGUUUAUUUAUGCUCCUAUUAAUUUUAUUCAGAGACCUUUCCAAAGAAAAGAAACCAUUCUCCCAGUGGAGGGUGUCGAUUCACUUUGUCAGCUGGCCCAUCGCGUGCUAAGAUCCCACGAGGAAGCCUCGUUAGAGGAGCUUUGUAAAGAAAGGCUUUUGGUGGAAUUGGUGCGAGACCGUGCAAGAGCGAAAGGUGCAGGUGGAGACUCUAAAGCCAAAGAGAGUUCAAUAACGGCUGCAGCCGUGGGGGCUUCAGUUGGGGCCGGUCUUGGCCUUGUAUUGGCUGUGGUCAUGGGUGCAGCAUCCGCUUUGAGAAAACCUUGAUCUGAGCUCACACAUUCUAAAAUCGGAAUUAGGACUAGCAUAUUGAUAUUGUCAUAUUAAUUCUUAAAUAUGUAUUAUUAUUGCCUUUACCACCAGUUGGUGACCAGCCAUUUGUUCAUUCUAUUCAUGUAAAUUAUUACGGGAGAAGCAAUAUUUUAAAGAAAGUUUCUCUUUUAAUUGAACCAAA